GAGAGAGAGGGUGGGAGGGUGAGAGAGGGGAAGGUAUUUAUAGAAAAAUGGGGCUUCGCAGUACCUUUUCUUGCACAGAACCAUUUCAGGACCAAGUGAGUGUGUCCCAGUUUUCUGAUCGUCCCUCAGCCAUAGGGUUUGAGCUGAGGCUGAGGCUGAGGCUGAGGCUGAGGCUGGACCGCCUCACCCAGGAUGGAGCGCCUGACUCUCAGACGCUCUCACCUCUCCUCUGGCCUCCCUCUCCUCUUCUCAUGACCGUCGGUCCCCAGGUUAAGAAAAGAGGACGGCCCACGUAACUUACAAAUGUGAUCUUUUCGGUGCGCUUCAUUCUUUUUUUUUUGUUUGUUUGUUGUUGUCGUUUUUUUUUUUUUUUUAUUUCGCCACUGGGUAGAGGCUUUUGGAGGCAUUGAGCUCAGGUGAGGAGCAGCACAAGAGUGUCUUCAGGCACUCUUUGGCUGCGUCGACCCCCAGGCCGGGGGUGAAGAUAGGCUGGCUGGAACGUGCCCUGCCGCAAGCCGGGCGAGGAUGAGGCGUUUCCUGAGCAGGAAGGGCCGCUUCUCCCUGCGCCAGAGCAAGUCUGGCACCCGGAGCGCCUCCAAAGACUUCUACCUCGGCCUCCCAGCCACCAAUCAGAACUGGCCCGAGGCGUUCGGCUUCCGGCUCGGGGGCACUGGGCCCAGCUACAUCCUGUCGGUCGUGGAGGGCAGCAGUGCCUACUUGGCUGGUCUGCAGCCCGGCGACCAGGUGGUGGACAUCGAGGGCCAGGAUGUGACUAACCUCAGCACGCCGGCGCUGAUCGCACUGGCCCAGACGCUCAAGACGGUGCCGCCCAGCAUCGGAGUGGUGUCGCGCCUCGAGCAGAUCGACAUCAACCCAGGGCCAGAUGGCCGCUUUGGCUUCACCAUCGUGGGGGACAGUCCCCUGAUGGUGGAGGACUGCAUGCCCAACGGCCCGGCCGGCCGCAGCGGCCUCAAGGCCGGGGACUACGUCAUGGAGGUCAACGGCAUCCCGGUGAAGCACCACGAAACGGCAGCGGCCAUGAUCAAGGCCGCUCAGGGUCGACCUCUGCGCCUCGGCGUGCUCAGCAUGGCCCGCCGGCCCAAGCGGCUGAGCAGCAGCAUGAGGGUGCUGUCGCAGACCGGCGACAGCGUCAGGGAGAGCCGUGCCCACAAGGCCAUGGAGUUCAAUAAAAAGGUAGAGGAGGUACUAGGAGAGGAGCAAGAUGUGAAGGAGCAGCUGUUUGAGGUGCUGAAGCAGUACGCGGCGGAGAGGGACGUGGAGAGCCUGGCCGAGGCCCUGCCCGACAUUUUGAUCACGGAGGAUCAUCAGCAGCUCAUUGACAGCGUCAGAAUCUUCAUUCCCAAGAAGCACCGGGAACGCUUUGACGAGGUGGUCUCUCAGAGCCUGAUGAGCAGGCUCAAAGGGCGAAGCUUCAGUGACCCCAGCCGGAACCGCUUACGCCGCAGCCGAAGCGAGGACCACCCCGAGCGCCUCCUCGUCUCCACCCGCGCCAGCUCGGUGCCCCGCACCCACGCGGAGGAAGGUGUGGUCCCCCCAGCCCGAGGCAUGCGCAAGACCACCUCACUCAUAGCCGGCCACUCCAGUGGCACCACCAACUGCAGGACCGUGAGAGUGUGCAAAGGCAACAUGAGUUUUGGCUUUACGCUCCGAGGCCACGCUCCAGUGUGGAUUGACUCAGUGAUCCCUGGAAGCCCCGCAGACAAGGCCGGACUAAAACCAGGAGACCGCAUCCUGUUUCUCAAUGGACUCGACAUGAGGAUCUCCUCCCACGAGAAGGUGGUGUCCAUGCUGCAGGGAAGCGGCGCCAUGCCCACCCUGGUGGUGGAGGACGGCCCGUCCACGUUCACCCAGUCCGAGCAGGAACUCGCGGGGGGCAGUGGCCCCGCGGCUGAAGGCGCCCGCUCUCCGGCGCUCAGCUCGCUGCAGUGGGUGGCUGAGAUCCUGCCUCCCAGUAUCAGGGUUCAGGGUCGCACCUUUGGACAGCAGCUGGAGCACCUGCUGACCAUCCAGGAAAGGUACACAAUCUGCAAGGCUUUGGAGAACUUCUUCCAGCACAGGAAUGUUGACACUCUGAUCGUGGAUGUGUUCCCGGUGCUGGACACUCCAGCCAAACAGGUGAUCUGGCAGUUCGUUUACCAGCUGCUGACGUACGAAGAGCAGGAGCACUGCCAGAGCAAGAUUUCACGUUUCCUUGGAUUCAAAGCGCCAGUUCCACCACCACCACCACCACCUCCCCCUCCUCCGGAACCCGAUGUUGCCCCUGAGCCCCAUCGCCGUAGCAGCUCCAUGAGGGUGACAGGGACCACGUACAGGAGCAGUGUGAGGGGCCGUAGCUCUGAUGACCUGGUCAUUGGCACACACUUGGGCAUGGGUCUCCGUACAGAGCCAGUACAUGAGACAGGAAUGAGGUUGGCUCCAGGAGAAAGACAGUCAGGGGACGGUACUUCACUCCCUGAGACUCCCAACAACUUAACUAACUUGUCAGCAGUGUAUGCUGAACUGGAGAACAUGUACUCAUCCAAGAGGUCCAAGUCUCUGAAGAGUCGCCCUCCUCCUGCCCCUGAGAGUUUGCUGGAUCUGGAGCCUCCUUCACGCACAGCAUCCCCUACAAUACAUGCUAACACAGGUAACCGUAAAGGCCCCCCACCACCGACCUCCUGGCCGGAGCCCCUCCCAAGCCCCCCUCAAUCCCAGUUCUACCCGUCAGGGUUAACAAGCCAGACCAGUGCGGAAUCCAACCCUUACAUCAGCCUGGACAGUCCCCCUCCCUCACCUCCCGAACCCCCCGACUACCCAUCUAGUCCUCCCGCCCACCGCAACAGCAAGCGCCGUUACACCUUCUCCAAACCACCUCGUUCGGAGGACACAGACCGCUUUCUGGAUGCGCUGAGCGAGCAGCUGGGACAGAGGGUGGCCAUCGUUGACGAAUUCUUGACUCCUGAAAACGAUUAUGAGGAGGAUGUUGUGCAGAUGGGCUUCCCAGAUGAGGAGGAUGAGGAUAAUGAAGACGACUUAGGGGUGGAUGACGAAGAAAACGGAGGAUUUGUGGCUCCAGAGCUCAGCAGCCCGAGUGAUGUUCAAAGCAGCAGUGGAGAAGAGAAUGCCUCCUCUCUCACCUACUCCUCGUCUUCUGAUCACAUUCCCCCACCUCCCAUGACUCCUCCACCUCCUCCACCUGUUCAGUUCAAUGACCCACCUCCUCCACCUCCAGCACCGGCACAGACACAACCUCAGCAGCAGCAGCAGCAACAGCAGCAGCAGCAGCAGCUUAGCUAUACUCCUGAACACUCCCCGAGAGCAUAUGUGCCCAUUCGCCGGAAGUCUGGUCCUCCUCCACCUCCUCCUCCCCGCAGUAAUCCACCUCCUAAACGCCACUCUUUACAUAAAGUUCUCCCAUCUAGAGAGGACCUGCAGGUCCAUGCUACCAUACAAGAGCUAAAAGCCUACCAGGAACAACAAGCUUACCAGGAAAGACAAGCCUAUGAGGAGCAACAAGUAUAUAAAGAGAGGCAGGCAUAUGAGGAGCAAAAAGCCUAUGAAGAGCAACAACUAUUCCAAGAGCAGCAGGCCUAUCAGGAACAACAACAAGCCUACCAGGAACAACAACAAGCCUACCAGGAGAAACUAAUCAAAGAGAGACAGGCAUAUGAAGAGCAGAAAGCAUACGAGGAGCAGAAAGCUUUUGAAGAGCAACAAAUAUACCAAGAACGACAAGCAUAUGAACAGCGUCAAGCCUACCAGGAGCAGAAGGCAUAUGAACAGCGGCAAGCCUACAAGGAGCAGAAAGCAUUUGAGGAACUACAAGCCUACCAGGAACAGAAAGUCUACGAGGAGCGUAAAGCUUAUGAAGAGCAGAAAGCUUACGAGGAACGUCAAGCCUACGAGGAGCAACAGAUGCAGCAGAUCUACCAGAGCCACCACUCAAUGCCUACACAGCCCACACAGCAGAAAGCCCAUUCACCACUGCCUCUCCAACAACUGCACCAGUCCUUACCCCCGCUCCCCUCUCCAGACUCUACCCAUCCCCACCCUAACCACCCUAUUUAUAUGAUGCGCCAGGCACAGCAGCAACAAGCCCACCAAAGUCAUCACCAUCGACGCCUGUCUCGCUCAGCCCCUCCCCCACACCAACAAUCACCCCAACCAACUGUCCACCCCAGCCAAUCGGGUCAAUACGCAGAGGGCAUCUACCAAAGUCAUCAGAUUAUAAGACCACAGCCUCACCAUUCCUCGGCCGAGAUGCUCCACCAGAUUCACCCGGCGCCAGCUCCAGCUCAUCAUUCUUCUGCUGAGAUGCUCCACCAGUUGCAGCAAUCUCAGGUCCACCACUCAUCUGCCGAGAUGCUCCAACAGAUGCAGCAAGCCCAUGCCCAUUACUCGUCCUCAGAAAUGCUCAACCAAAUGCACAAAUCCAAGGCCCAUCAUUCUUCAACGGAGCUUCUGCAUCAAGGCCAGCAAAUACAGGCUCACCACUCCUCAACGGAGCUCCUCCAUCAAGCUCACCAGAUGCAUCGAGGACAGCCCCACCAUUCGUCAACUGAGCUGCUCCAUCAAAUACAUAAACCCCAGGCCCAUCACUCCUCCACCGAGCUUCUCCAUCAAGCCCAUCAGAUUCACCAACCUAAACCCCAUCACUCCUCCACAGAGCUUCUGCAUCAAUCCCAUCAAGAGCCUGCCUCUCUGCCAGUUCAGCUAAACCGGGACAGCCACUCCCAUCAGAGCCGGAGAAGUAUUAAAGGUCAUCAUCAAACUGAAGUGUCAUUGCAGCAGAUGCACCAAAGCCAACACCCCCAGCCAACCAAACCAUCUCCGCAGAGACCACACUCCAUCCAGCAGACCCACCAUCAUUCCAGUUCACCGCAGAUCCACCACAUCCACCACAUGACCCCACAGCCUCCUCCUCAGGACUACCAACACCAGAUUCAUGUCAUCCAUCCUCCCCAACAGCCGCACCGGCCCCAGCCCCUUCUCUCCACCUUUCAGCCCCUCCAGCCACACCAGUCCUCCCUGUCCACCUUCCAACCUCUGCCCCAACACCACCAGUCACAGCACCAAGUCCAGUCCUCCACCCAAACCGCCCGUCCGCACUCGCAGCCGUCACACCACCUGCUCCAGUCCCAACACCAGCCGCAAUCCCAUAAGCAAUCCCAUAGCCAGAAUCAGCCCCAGUCCCUCCCCCACUCUCUUUCGGAUCCCACAGAACAUCUGGACCUCCCGCCGCCUCCCCCACUCCCCCCACCCUGCUCCCCUCCGCCACUGCCAAGACCAAGUCUGUCGAGGAUGGACUCCAACCACAUGAGUGUGAAAAGGCUGCGCUGGGAGCAGGUGGAAAACUCGGAGGGGACUAUAUGGGGACAGUUGGGAGCAAAUUCUGACUAUGACAAACUACAUGACAUGGUGAAGUAUCUGGAUCUGGAGCUGCACUUUGGGACACAGAAGAGCUCCAUGCCUGCUCCAGAGUCAUCCCCUCAUCCAGAAACCUUCAAGAAGAAAGAUGUAAUUGAAAUUCUAUCCCAUAAGAAAGCUUACAAUGCAUCCAUCCUCAUAGCCCAUCUGAAACUGUCUCCCGGGGAGCUCCGUCAGGUAUUAAUGAACAUGGCCACAGAUAGGCUAGAGCCAGCUCACAUCAAACAGCUGCUGCUGUAUGCCCCUGAUGCAGAGGAAGUCAAAAAAUAUGAAGAGUAUAGGCAGGACCCCAGCAAACUCAGCGAGCCAGACCAGUUUGUGUUGCAGAUGUUGUCGGUGCCAGAGUUUAAAACCCGCCUGCAGAGCCUCCUCUUCAAGUGUUCUCUCCAGGAGAAGACGGAGGAGCUGAGGGGAGCAUACGACUGUAUCUACAAUGCCUCCAUGGAGCUCAAGACCAGCAAGAAGCUGGCUAAGAUCUUAGAGUUUGUGCUGGCGAUGGGGAACUAUUUGAAUAAUAGCCAACCGAAAACCAACAAGACUACGGGCUUCAAGAUCAACUUCCUUACAGAGCUGAGCACAACUAAAACCGUGGAUGGGAAGUCCACAUUUCUGCAUAUUCUGGUGAAGUCGUUAUGUCAGCACUUCCCGGAUGUUCUGGAUUUUUCCAAAGAUCUUACAAUGGUUCCUCUCGCAGCAAAAGUAAAUCAGAGGACCAUCACGUCAGAUCUGAAUGACCUCCACACAACCAUCCAGGACAUUCGCUCAGCCUGUCAGAAGAUGCCUGCGACGUCCGAGGACCGCUUUGCCGUUGUAAUGAGCAACUUCUUGGAAAACAGUCACCCAGCAAUCCAGUCUCUGGAAUCUCUCCAACAGAGGGCCAUGGAAGAAUUUGGCAAAACCGCCUCCUUCUUCGGAGAGGACAGCAAAUCCACCAACACUGAGGCCUUCUUUGGCAUCUUUGCUGAGUUCAUCAACAAGUUUGAGAGAGCUCUCAGUGAUCAGCAAGUUGUCGAAAAUCCGAAGAGUCCCAGGAGUCCGCGAUUGGCCUCCCCGCUGGCCUGGUAACACACACAUGCACAUAUAUAUAACAUGGAGCAGUUCAUAUACUACAUACUCAUGUUAAAAAAAGAAAAGAAAAAAGAAACAUUAUACAUAAAUUCACCUACAGACACCAGUCAUUGUGAGGUAUUAAGCAAAAAAAUGUUUUUGUGUUAACAUGUUUUUACAAAUGUGGAUAGUUACACUUUAUGCCAGUGCUGUAAUACAUGUAUCUUUCUGUUGAAAAAUAAUAUCUACAAUGGAUUAGAUCAGUCAAUAGAACACAACCGUUAAUAUAUCUCUACAGACUGAGUCAUACUUACUCACACUAUUAACAAUAUAUAGAUUAAGUUAUUCCUCUGAGGCCGACUUUAGCUCGUUGUUCACCUGCAUAAAGCUGUGUGACAAUUUUCCAUUAAAAUCAUUAUUGGCAGUUAUAAGAGUCAUAGAGUUAUACAUUUUAUCUUGAAAUAUAUAUUUAACGAGCACAUAGUCAGCGAUUCAGAAUAAAUAAAAGUAAAUAAAUCAUUUGUUUUGAUUAUAUAAGUUUACGUGUUUAACUUUUAUAAGGCACCCACCACUCUGAAUGUAACAUAAAUUCUUUAGUGAGUGUCACCUGUUUUCUCAAGUUAAUAUUCAGCUGAUGACAUUUACUGCCUUGUAUCUACGCCUCAGUGUUUUUCCAAAUUCGUGAUGCUUCGUGACUGUGCAAUUUAAUGGUUGCGCACUUCUAAAUCUACCAACGUGUAUAUAGCGGGAGUUGCUACUUGCUGCUUGUUUUUAUGAAAAAUAUUAACCCCAACGAGGAUAAUUUUUAACCUGGUUCCAGUCGUUAAGACGCUAAUGACAGACUGGACUGGACAGACUGUGUGGAUCUUACAGCAGGCGCUGUGCAGUAUGUGAACGCCGAAAUGUGUCCCACUGUUAGAUAUUAUACCACCACUACUACUACUACUACUAAUGAAGUGUAAAUGAGACAUAUUAUUUGUGAACUGUACAGAAUAGCGAGAGAAUAGAUGAAAUAUACGGUAUGCUACGAUAUAUGAAUCACUUUGCUACUUUAAUGUAUUACCCAAGUAUUUAUUUUAUUGAAUGUGUCUUAUUAAUUGACUCUAGAGCUAUACCACUGAGAGGAUAACACUGUCAUUAUGUGUCAUUUUCAACAAUAUUAAUAAUAAUAAUACGGUGUACCAGCUUCUCUGACUUACCUGUGGUUUGUAAAAAGCUAAAGUUCCAAUUCAUAUUUUUCAAAUUGUAAGUCAAAUGGCUAUGAUAAGGAUAAUUAAUGCGUGCAGCCGGUAUAGACGUCAUUUUCUAAUGCAUUUUCACUUUUCCUUGUUAAAAUUACAGAAUAUAAAUCCCUAAAGCUUUGCUGUCCAUUUAAGGCCUAUAAAGUGUUAAGUCUGUAUUUUGUAUUGUAACCUAGUUCUGACAAAUAUAAAGAGUUGUUUGAGAUCCAC